ACUAUAAUUAUACAUUUUUUAAAUGUCCUGCAUAUAUUUUUUUCUUGACAGCCAGACUAUUACCUAAAUAUUUCCUUUUGCCACAAACUCAAUUUGCAUGAUUGAAAGAGUCCCUACCAAUGUCAUUUCUCUUGUGUGACCUUCAUGCAGUAGUCUGUCGCAAAAGAUCCAGUCUUAAUAUUUUUGUAGCCUUACAUAGCCCAGAGGUCUGGAGCAGCAGAAUUGCAUCCCUUUUCAUCCCACAAACUGUAAGCUCCUGGGAGGACGCGUGGUGGCGCUGCAGGAUAAGAACGCACAACCGGUCUCCGCUGCGGCUCCAUUACCCGGCAGGACUUAGCAGCACAGCCUUGGAAGUCCACCGGCAGUUUGGGUGCCACAGAAAGGAGGGCUGUGUCCUUUGGGAAGGACUAGUCACUGGAAUGCUUCAGAGAUAUCUUGUGGAAUAGCCACAGACUCAGAUACUGGGGGCCCGUACAGGUUAGCAGAACCGUGCUCGCCAGAGGCUGCACCGAAUAAAAACAAUGGAGGUCAGCGGGAAGCUCAUUUGCAGACAAAGGCAAGUCUUUUUUCUCUUUUUCCUUUUGUGCUUAUCUCCAGGGGGCGCGUCGGAACUUAAGCGCUACUCUGUGGUGGAGGAAACUGAGGGCAGCUCCUUUGUAACCAAUUUAGCAAAGGACUUGGGUCUGGGGCAGGGGGAACUCUCCAGGCGGGGGGUGAGGGUCAUUUCCAAAGGGAACAAGCUACGUUUGCAGCUAGAUUCUGAGACCGGGGAUUUGUUGCUCAAUGAGAAACUGGACCGAGAGGAACUGUGUGGUCACACCGAGCCCUGUGUGUUUCGUUUCCAAGUGUUGCUAGAGAGUCCCUUAGAAUUUUUUCAAGCUGAGCUCCAAAUAAUAGACAUAAACGACCACUCUCCGGUGUUCCUGGAUAAAGAAAUGCUGUUGAAAAUAUCAGAGAGCAGUCCUCCUGGGACUUUGUUUCCUCUGAAGAACGCUCAGGACAUGGAUGUAGGGGAAAAUAAUAUCGAGAACUAUAUAAUCAGCCCCAGCUCCUAUUUUCGGGUCCUCACCCGCAAUCGCAGCGAUGGCAAGAAAUAUCCUGAGCUGGUGCUAGACAAGGCGCUGGAUCGCGAGGCAGAACCUGAACUCAGGUUAACCCUCACAGCCCGGGAUGGCGGCUCUCCGCCCAGGUCUGGAAGCACUCAGGUCUACAUCGAAGUGGUGGAUGUCAAUGAUAAUGCCCCUGAAUUUGAACAGCCUUUCUAUAGAGUGCAGAUCCCCGAAGACAGUCCCAUCGGCUUCCUGGUGGUAACGGUCUCUGCUACAGAUGCGGACAUAGGAGCCAACGGAGAGAUAACCUAUUCACUUUUCCAGGCUUCAGAUGAGAUUAGCAAGACCUUCGAGAUCAAUUCUUUGACAGGAGAAAUUCGACUGAAAAAACAAGUUGAUUUCGAAGCAAUUCAGUCCUAUGAAGUCAAUAUCGAAGCAAAGGAUGCUGGAAGCCUUUCUGGAAAAUGUACUGUUCUGACUCGAAUCACAGACGUGAACGACCAUGCCCCAGAAAUUACAGUGUCUGCAUUUACUAGUCCAAUCCCCGAGAACGCGGCUGAGAUUGUGGUUGUAGUUUUCAGUGUUUCGGAUCUUGAUUCAGAACACAAUGGGAAAGUAAGCUGCUCCAUCCCGGAUGAUUUACCCUUCUUCCUGAGAUCUUCUGAGGAGAACUUCUACACCUUAGUGACAGAGAGACCACUGGACAGAGAGAGCCAAGCCGAGUACAACAUCACCAUCACCGUCACCGACAUGGGGACACCCAGGCUGACCACAGAGCACAGCAUAACAGUGCUGGUCUCCGACGUCAACGACAACGCCCCCGCCUUCACCCAGGCCUCCUACACCCUGCUGGUCCGCGAGAACAACAGCCCCGCCCUGCACAUCGGAACCAUCAGCGCCACAGACGCAGACGCGGGCACCAACGCCCAGGUCACCUACUCGCUGCUGCCGCCCCACGACCCGCAGCUGGCCCUGGCCUCGCUGGUGUCCAUCAACGCCGACAACGGCCAGCUGUUCGCGCUCAGGUCGCUGGACUACGAGGCCCUGCGCGCCUUCGAGUUCGGCGUGCGCGCGGCAGACCGCGGCUCGCCCGCGCUCAGCAGCCAGGCGCUGGUGCGCGUGCUGGUGCUGGACGCCAACGACAACGCGCCCUUCGUGCUCUACCCGCUGCAGAACGGCUCUGCCCACUCCUGGGCGCUGCCCGAGGCCGCCCCGGCGCAGGCGCAGGCCGACUCGCUCACCGUCUACCUGGUCAUCGCGCUGGCGGCGGUGUCGUCGCUCUUCCUGCUGUGUGUGCUGCUGUGCGUGGCGGCGCGGCUGUGCAGGAGGGCCAGGGCGGCCUCGCUGGGGGGCUGCUCGGUGCCCGAGGGCCCCUUCCCGGGCCACCUGCUGGACGUCAGCGGUACUGGGACCCUGUCCCACAGCUACCAGUAUGAGGUGUGUCUGAGGGGAGGGACUGGGACCAGUGAUUUCAAGUUUCUGAAGCCAGUCUUACCUGAUUUCCAGGGUCAUUAUCUUGGGUCAGAAAUGGAAGAAAACUCAAUCUGUAGAAAUGACUUCGGUUUAAGCAAUUAAGAUACUCGUUUUUUCUUAUGCCACAUUUACUUUUUGUGAUAAAUUCAAAGCAAUGGUUUUGCUGUUAUCCUGUUGUGAAUUUUUAAAUUACACUAAACUUGCCUGCAGGAUUUCUAACGUAGUUGUUUCUUUUUUAAAAAAUAAGAUCCUAGGCCAACUUCUUGGCCUUGUGGUUGAGAGUACGUAUCCCUCAUUGCCUACACAGCUGUUGAUCUUGAACUCUGCUGUUGAGAAAUACAUUGUGUGUAUUCAUACGU